AUGGCCAACUCUGCCCCGGAACCGCCCGGCCGUCUUAUCGCCCACUUCACCGAAAGAUACAUUAGAUCCCGCGCCCAGCAAAGUGGUGGAUGGCACGAUCUAUGGGAGUCCAAUCAAAGCGAUCUCUGGGAUCGCGGCUAUCCAAACCCUGCACUCAUAGACUUUGCGGAGACCAAGUCAGAUCUCCUGUAUGUUCCUGCGGGACGACGCCCCCGUGCGCUCAUACCUGGCUGUGGCAAAGGCUACGAUGUCGCCAUGCUGGCAUUGCACGGCUUCGACGUCUGGGGCCUUGAAGUCUCUGCAACAGGUGCCCAGGAAGCCCGUGACUACGCAGCAAGGGAACUAGCCGAACCGCAAGAAUACAACUUUGGCAGCAGUCAUCUCCCUGAUGCGCAGCCCGGUACAGUCACCAUCAUCGCAGGUGAUUUCUUCGUCCGCGACUGGGAGCAGACGCUGCCCCAAGAGGGUUUUGAAGGUUUCGACUUGAUUUACGACUAUACGUUCCUCUGUGCGCUCUUACCUGAGAUGCGAAAGGACUGGGGUCGACGCAUGCGGGAACUUGUUGCGCCAACGGGCAUCUUGGUGUGCCUCGAGUUUCCCAUGUAUAAGGAUCUUACGGCGGUUGGUCCGCCCUGGGGUCUCAACGGGGUUCAUUGGAAUAUUCUUGCUGCGGGUGAAGAUGGGAUGAUCCGGGAGACGGGGGAGGAGACUGGAGGAGAGAAUGGUCCGUUUAAGCGGGUUUUGUAUUAUAAGCCGGCGAGAUCGUAUCCUGCUGGGAAGGGUACGGACAUGAUUAGUGUGUGGAGGCCUCAGUGA